AUGACGGAGUUUGUUAUGGCGGAAUCCCUGAUAUCCCUGUGCAGCAGUUGGAAAGAACUGAACCCAACUAUUCUUCAAGACUCGAAAUUUUUAACGCACCCGUUUCACAACUUCAAUGGAGAUAACUUGGAGAAAAAGCUUUACUACUCCAACUGUCAAAGCAUGACAUUUCGAGACGCUGAGGGAACAAGCUUGGUUCUUGACAUGAAAGGAGACAAAAUGUCAAAAAAAGCCGCGGGGUUCGAAAACGGCCGGGCUGGAAGCAAUGGAAGGAAGAUUGAGAAGAUUGAGAAGAUUGAGAAGAUUGAGAAGAUUGAGAAGAUUGAGAAGAUUGAGAAGAUUGAGAAGAUUGAGAAGAUUGAGAAGAUUGAGAAGAUUGAGAAGAUUGAGAAGAUUGAGAAGAUUGAGAAGAUUGAGAAGAUUGAGAAGAUUGAGAAGAUUGAGAAGAUUGAGAAGAUUGAGAAGAUUGAGAAGAUUGAGAAGAUUGAGAAGAUUGAGAAGAUUGAGAAGAUUGAGAAGAUUGAGAAGAUUGAGAAGAUUGAGAAGAUUGAGAAGAUUGAGAAGAUUGAGAAGAUUGAGAAGAUUGAGAAGAUUGAGAAGAUUGAGAAGAUUGAGAAGAUUGAGAAGAUUGAGAAGAUUGAGAAGAUUGAGAAGAUUGAGAAGAUUGAGAAGAUUGAGAAGAUUGAGAAGAUUGAGAAGAUUGAGAAGAUUGAGAAGAUUGAGAAGAUUGAGAAGAUUGAGAAGAUUGAGAAGAUUGAGAAGAUUGAGAAGAUUGAGAAGAUUGAGAAGAUUGAGAAGAUUGAGAAGAUUGGGAAGAUUGGGAAGAAUGAGAAGACAGGAGAGUGCUAG